AUGUCCGCUACCCCAGAUGACGCUAGUAAGGGCCCAAGGGCUGUGACUCUCAACGUCCUCUGUCCUUUUCUUCCUCCGCCGAGCCGUUUUACCUUUCACAACGUUCCUCUCGCUACAACCAUUGCCGAACUGCAAGCCCGGCUAGCACAAAUCAUUUUAGGCCAUGUACCUGCCACGUCACGCUUGAUCUUCCUAGGAAGACCACUCACGGUGGACAGUGCCACUCUGGAAGAGGUCUUCGGUCCUGUCAAUGCCUCUGAACCAACUACAGCACCCGGGAAAGCAUCGACGGCUUUGAAUACUUUACCUGUUGGUCAACAGGCACCAAGCAUAUUGAAUAUUCCUCAUCCUGUUGCAUCCUCUGCGCAGCCGGCUCUUGCGCAGGAACUCCGUCGUCUUCAUGGAUUACAUGAUCCGCGCGCUAUUCUCGAGAGACACCAAGCAAUCCUCCAAGGAUUGGGCUUUGCCAGCAGGCCAAGCGCCACACAGAGCACUGUGCAAACUGACAGCAAUGAUCAUCCCAUCUAUCAAUGUGUCGGUCCCGGUGGUCAGAAAGCCAUAAUAAUUCCCGCAUCGACGCGCACAACCCAUCAAACCGUACAAUAUCAUUACCAGAGCUCGUCUUCCACUGGACCAAAUAUCAAUGUUGCAGCCGGUGCUAACCCGAAUCCAGCUGAUCGAGCAAUGGCUGAGAACAUCGUGCGCCAGGCACUUGUUAACAAUCAACAGCGUCGACAGAUUGGAAACGCCGCAAACCCACCCGGAAUUGGACGUUUUAUGAGCCGUGUCUGGCUCUUCAUACGCCUCUACUUCUUCUGCUACGUGAUCAGUGCACCUGGUACCUGGACGCGCAUCUUUUUCGUCACUGCGGCUCUACUCAUCUCCGCCUUAUCCGACACGAAUGUUCCCCAGGUGCUGCACGGCAUCAUCGUGCAGCCACUGCAACGCCAUCUUGAAACACUUGCGCAUAUGGGCGGACCGGGCCAGCCUGCGACUAAUCCUCCUCAAAAUCACAUCUUAGGGGAGAUUUUGGAUUAUUUCCGCCGUGCAGAGAGAUCUUUUGUGCUUUUUCUUGCUAGUCUUGUGCCAGGUAUUGGCGAGCGUCAGGUUGAAGCACGCAAUGCGGCUGAGGCGGAAGCACGAAAUGCGGCUGAAGUGGAAGCUCGAAAUGCUGCUGAGGCUGAGGCUCGCGAGCAAGAGCCAGCGCCAGAGCAGCAGCAGUCGUCGCAGGAACAUCCAGAGACACAGGUGCGUGUCGAGGAUACGCAAGACAACCAGAAUAUUCAACAGCCGCAGCAGCCUCUAGCACCUGUGCCGGUGCCCGCUGACUGGUGA